CCUUGGUCUGUGUAUAUGUUCCAUAUAUUUAAGGCGGUUUUGUUACAUGUGUUGGUUGAGUUCAACACCCCAAUACAUGCCUUGCAAGUAGCUAGCUUUUGGAAAUACAAAUCCAAUCUUCCAACCAUAUAUCAGACACAUUCCCACCGACCUCUCUCCUCCUUAUAAUUCUCUUCCUUAUUCACUUAAUCUUCUUAUCUCUCUCUCUCUCGCCUCUCUCUUCUCUCUCUUCCACCAUUGUUCUUAUCCUCUUUCUCUUUCUUCUUCAUCUUCGUCAUUUUCUUCAUCAUCGUCUUCUUCUUCUUUCUUCAGCUACUGCUUGUCCUGCAAUAUUAACCAUGGUUUCUGCUGAUGCUGCACGAACCGUAGUUGGUAUCAUAGGAAACAUCAUCUCCCUUUUCUUGUUCUUGUCUCCAGUGCCAACUUUCAUUCGGAUAUUGAAGAAAAGAUCGGUGGAGCAAUAUUCACCAGCUCCAUACCUAGCAACCUUAAUAAACUGCAUGGUAUGGACCCUGUACGGACUGCCCAUGGUUCACCCAGGAAGCAUACUGGUUGUGACCAUUAAUGGCUCAGGGACCGCCAUCGAGUGCGUCUACAUCAUCCUCUUCUUCAUUUUCUCGGACAAGAAGAAGAGGCUCAAAGUGUCUCUGGUUGUGCUCUUUGAGAUUGUAUUCGUUGGUUGUCUGAGCCUUCUGGUUUUAACCCUUGCUCACACUCACAAAAAGAGAUCUUUGGUUGUUGGCAUGGUUUGUAUUCUCUUUAACAUCAUGAUGUAUGCUUCUCCCUUGGCUGUCAUGAAACUGGUGAUCACCACAAAAAGCGUGGAGUAUAUGCCAUUUUUCCUCUCCUUGGCCUCCUUUGCUAAUGGCCUUGCCUGGACUGCCUACGCUCUCAUCCGUUUUGACCUCUUUAUCACUGUACCCAAUGGGCUUGGAACAUUGUUUGGCUUGGCCCAGCUGCUUCUCUACGCAGCAUACUACAAGUCCACAAAGAGACAGAUGGAAGCAAGGAAAACCAAAGAAGUUGAUUUUUCAGAGAUUAUUGUGGCUGGAGAUCAACAAGUGUCCAAGAAAACAGCCGCUGCUGCUCCAACUCAGAUCAAGAGUGGUCCUACUACUCAUGAGAACCAUGGGACAUAAUGAUAGAAAAGCUCUGAUUUUCUCUCCACCGCCGGAUCAUACUGGGACCCCCCACCACCAGAAAAAAUAGAAAUUAAUUUUAACUAAAUAUAAAUCAAGAGUGACAGUCCAUUUACCAUAAUAUGGGCAUGAAACGUGUAAUAUUUUGUCCUUGUUUUUUUAUAACCUGUGGAAUGUUAACCCACUAGAAAUAUCCUUCUCUACA